GCAUCAAGCGCUCCUCCUGCUGCACCAAUAGACCCUGCUGACUGGCCUUCGGCUUUAACUGAAAAGAAAGACGGACGAAGGUGUCAGCAUGAUUAUUUUAACAGACUCUUAAUCAAUGGGGAAAAGGUGAGAAGAACCUGGCUUAUGUACUCGAAAAAAGAGGAUAGCUUGCACUGCUUCUGCUGCAAAAUGUUUUCCAAGAGAGAUUACAAACUGAGUAGGGAAGGUCUGAAGGACUGGAAAAAUGCAAGCCACUUGCUCAAGGUCCAUGAGGAAAGCCAGGAGCAUAAUGCUCACAUGGCAACAUGGAAGGACUUGGAGGUCCGUUUUGCGAAAGGACUCACAAUAGAUAAACAAGAGAUGGCACUUGCUGAGGCUGAGAGAAAAAGGUGGCGUGAAGUUCUACAUCGUUUGGUGGCAAUAAUUCAGUCCUUAGCUGAAAGAAACAUGGCUUUCAAAUUCAGGGGGUCCACGGACACAUUAAAUAAACCAGACCAUGGCAAUUUUCUGAAAGAAGUGGAGCUUAUGGCCAAAUGUGAUCCAGUGAUGAAGCAGCAUGUCGGUAGAGUAGAAAGUGGAGCUGGCAGUGACGUACAUUAUCUGGGAAAAACAAUCCAAAAUGAACUGAUUGACUCCAUCAGUUCAAGAAUAAUAAAACGCAUUGUGGAAAAGAUCAAAACAUCAAAGUAUUUCUCCAUCAUUUUAGCUUGCACACCUGAUCUGAGUCAUAAGGAACAGCUCUCUGUCAUAGUCAGGAUAGUGUCACAAGAAGACAUACCACAAGUUAAAGAGCAUUUCCUGGGCUUUCUUGUUGCAGAGGAAUCAACAGGAGAUACUUUGUCAACUCUCAUCCUAAAACGGUUAGAGGAGCUUAACAUUCCUUUUGAAGACUGCAGAGGACAGUCUUAUGACAAUGGGGCCAACAUGAAGGGAAAAAAUAAAGGGGUUCAGGCAAGGUUGCUUCAGCUAAACUCGAGAGCUUUUUUUGUCCCAUGUGCAUACUUGCCAACCCUCCCGUUUUUAGCGGGAGAAUCCCGAUAUUCAGCGCUUCUCCCGACAACCUCCCGACAGAGAUUUUCUCUCGACAAACUCCCGGUAUUCAGCCGGAGCUGGAGGCCACGCCUCAAAAAAAAAAAGUCUGCCGCAGCUGCGAUUGGACCUGACCAGCCUCCGGGUACAAGUACUGGAGUAGCAAUUGCUUGCCAGGGAAGAUCUUCCCCAGGAAGCAAGGAUUGACCGGUUUUGGGCCAUGCUAGGGAGAGAUGGAAGAUUCCACACUCUCGUGCAUUUGAUAAAAGCACUUUUGUGCGUGCCACACAGCAAUGCAUCAUCAGAGAGGGUGUUCAGCAUGGUUAGAAAAAUAGUGACAGAGAAUAGAAAGAGGAUGGACAAUUCAACCCUUAACAAAGCAUUGUACUUUCAAGUACAACAAUGAGUAGA